UGUUGUACUUCCGGGUUGCUCGACCUUGUUGUUUACUCACACAAACUCAGAUUUGAAACGUACUAGCCGCCUAUUGAUACGCUCUGAGUUUCAAAAGACAACCUGCUUUUAAAAGCUGGGUUUGUCAUUUUAUUAAUCCAGCGCUGGUACAGUCACUGAAGUCCUGUUGAAUUUUCUACGUGGUAUACCAUGGAGGAGGCCUCCCCUGUGUCCCUCACUGACCUCUGCCUGAGCUUCCUGAGCUCCAAUCUGGACCAGUUCUGCUGGGAGCGGCCCGAUGGCUCUCUGAGCCUCCGAGAGAUCGUCGUCUUCCCACAGGAGCUUGCUGACCAGCUGCUGCGCAAGAUGGCCAUGGAGGGGGUGCUGAAUGACAGCACGGCAGGGAUAUUCCGCAGCUGCCAGUACCUGCGGCUGCGGCGUGCGUGUAUCUGCAAGGCACGCAUCUCCGCAGAGGCCUUCCACAAGGCAUUCUGCCAGCACCGGCUGCUGGAGUUGGACGCCUCAGGGGUGAAUGCGGACGUGGCCAUCACAGACAUCAUCCAGGGGCUGUCCUCCAACAAAUGGAACCAGGAGUCCCUGCAGCGGCUGGUGCUGAACGGGCUCACUCUGUCCCUGGAGGAUCCCUACGAGCGCUGCUUUAGCCGCCUGGCUGGCCUGCGUGCCCUCGCUAUCGCCAACGUGGACUUCUACACGGAGGACCUGUCAGAGGUGUGCUCCCUGCCACGGCUCGAGAGCCUGGACAUCUCCAACACCUGCGUGACUGACCUGACCCCCCUGCUUUCCUGCCGGGAGCGGCUUCGUUCGCUCACCAUGCACCACCUCAAGUGCCUCAAGAUGAGCACCUCGCAGCUGCUGGAUGUGUUGAGCCAGCUGGCUGGGCUGCAGCACUUGGACAUCUCGGACGACAAGCAGUUCACCUCGGACAUCGCCGGGCACCUGCUGGAACAGCCUGGUAUCCUGCCCCAGCUGUGCUCACUGGACGUCUCUGGCCGCAAGCAGGUCACUGACAAGGCAGUCAAGGCCUUCGUCCAGCAGAGACCCGGCAUGCACUUCAUAGGGCUGCUGGCCACCGGCGCUGGGUUCUGUGAUUUCCUCUCUGGGGAGGGGAGCCUGAAGGUGUCGGGGGAGGCGAAUGAAGCGCAGAUCUGUGAAGCUCUCCGGCGCUACAGCGAGAGAGCGUUUUUCGUCAGGGAGGCCCUCUUCCAUCUCUUUAGCCUCACACACGUCAUGGAGAAAGUUCCACCAGACAUCCUAAAGCUGGUUGUCACUGGGAUGAAGACCCACCCUCUGAACCUGCAUGUGCAGUUGGCUGCUAGUGCCUGUGUGUUCAACCUGACUAAGCAGGACCUGGCUGUGGGGAUGCCAGUGCGACUGCUGGGCCAAGUCACCCAUCUGCUGCUCGAGGCCAUGAAGAACUUCCCCAACCACCAGCAGCUCCAGAAGAACUGCCUCCUCUCACUCUGCAGCGACAGGAUUCUGCAGGAGGUUCCCUUCAACAGGUUCGAGGCUGCCAAGCUGGUGAUGCAGUGGCUGUGUAACUACGAGGACCAGAACAUGCAGAGGAUGGCCGUGGCAAUCAUCUCCAUCCUGGCAGCUAAGCUCUCCACAGAGCAGACUGCCCAGCUUGGAGCAGAGCUCUUUAUUGUCCGGCAACUCCUGCACAUUGUGAAGCAGAAGACGAGUCAGAGCCUGGUGGACACCACGCUGAAGUUUACACUGAGCGCGCUGUGGAACCUGACGGACGAGUCUCCCACCACCUGCCGCCACUUCAUUGAGAACCAGGGGCUGGAGCUCUUCAUGAAGGUGCUGGAGUCUUUCCCUUCUGAAUCCUCCAUACAGCAGAAGGUGCUGGGUCUGUUGAACAACAUUGCGGAGGUGAAGGAGCUCCAUGCGGAGCUGAUGUGUAAGAGCUUCGUGGAGCACAUCACUGUGCUUCUCCACAGCAGUGAGGUGGAGGUGAGCUACUUUGCUGCGGGGAUCAUCGCGCACCUCAUGUCCCGCGGAGAGGAGGCCUGGACCCUGAGCCCCAGCCUGCGCACGUCCCUUCUGCAGCAGCUCCAAUCUACGAUCCUCAAGUGGCCCACACCUGAGUGUGAGAUGGUGGCAUACAGGUCGUUUAACCCUUUCUUCCCCCUGCUCAAGUGCUUCAGCACCCCGGGAGUGCAGCUCUGGGCUGCCUGGGCUGUGCAGCACGUAUGCAGUAAAAAUGAGUCCCGGUACUGCAGCAUGCUGAUCGAGGAGGGGGGGAUGCAACACCUGUACCAGGUGAAGGAGAACCCCCAGACUCACCCUGACGUGCAGCGCAUGUCGUCUAGCAUCCUGGAGAGCCUGGAGAGACACCUGGCACGCACCGGGCAGACAGUGCCUCCCUACAGACCAGGCUGUGCAUAACAGGCAUGCAUAAGUCACAAGGCAGUGAAGUCGGCUCCCUAGCAACAAGCCUCCUGUGUUGGUAAUGGAUUUCUUUCAAUGCAGCGGGUUUGGGCAUUUGAGAAAGUUGACUAGAAGCAAUUACCACCCACUGUACGAAUUAAAACGUGCUGCUUUUUCCAUGAAAAAUAAGAAAUGGCGGGUUGCGUAGAGGAUUUAUACUGGACCCUGACACAAUAUUGAAAGUAUUUUCUUUUGGUUUAUUUACUUGUUCUUUAUAGAAACGAACUGCAAAACAUGUGUAUUCAAUUUUAGUUAAAGGGUUUGUACAGUAUUUCUCUGGGUUUUGAGCAGUACCAUCCAUCUGUGUGUGUUCAGUGCUGGACUGUGUCUUCUACCACAACCUUCAUAUUUGUCCCUGCUGUGGAAACAUCUCUUUUCCAAGGAGGUGGUCCUUUCCAUGAUGUUGAUUGCACAGUGAGCAUGUGGAAGCAGCAGGAGAGAGCACAGAGUCAGUGGCUGGGCUGCAAGCUACCUGGACCGUUGCUGUCCUCAGAUGCAUGCUGAAAUCUGAGCUGGGUUGAUAAUUGACCUUGUUGAACCCGCUGUUAAUAAAACAAUCAGCUCAGGCACCAACACAGUACUGUACGUAGCUGUUAUAAAGGAUGAAGUAGAGUGCGUGUGAGUGUAGGAUGUUGAUGGGCUGCAAGUGUUACCAUUCAACCAGUAGUGUUUGGGUGGAGCGCAUAUAUAAUUAAUUUCACAUUAUUGUAUUGUUGUGCAUAGAAAUUGCAUGAUUAUUAUUAAUUAUAAAAUAUAUAUAGGGUUCCGCUAACCUUUGGGACAACUGGAUUAAGUCCUUUUGUGGACUAUUCUCCUGCAGCCUGCCGUGGGAAAGAGGGGCGAACAAACAUUCAGCAGUGUUCCUAUUGAGAAUGAUUUCCAGACCAGCACCUGUAUUAAAGACUCUUGUUUUUAAUGCUUUAGGAGUGUUUUUGUUAAACCUUUUUUAAAAGCUGUACUUCUGAUUGCUCUCCUCAUGACUGUGUAGUGGAACUUUUAUAUUCUGGACACUGCUUUGAAAAGUCUGCUUUCAUUCGGGGUGAAUUACCCUCACCAGCCCUUGUUGCAUGCUGGAUUCUUGUUCCAGUGGUAUUGGAGCCCCCGACGCUCUGUGCAGGAGAGUUUUCUCUUACUGGUAUGCACUAGCAUUAGUAAUAUGGUGUUUGCAACAAUUGUGUACAUAUUAUUUAUAUUGUGCAGAUAGUCACAUAUAUUAUGACUUUACAAAGUAUUUAAAAUAAGAAGGUGUGGGGAUAGGGGAGCAGUUCAAGGACUGCAUUGACACUAAUCAAGGGAGGUAAGUUAGUAUUAAAGGCAACAAAUGAACUAUCGGAUUAAGAGUGAUGAUAAAUUCAGUGUUUACUUAUGAGUCAUUAUUUUUUAAAUAAAAGAACAAGAAUUCAAAA